UGCGCAGCGGUCCUCGACACCGACGGCGGCACACCGACGGUCGAAGGGGGAGCUCACUAGCCGCGCACGGCGUCUCGGACUGGCAGAGCUGUAUGUGGCUGCUCUUCACAUUUUGCAUUUUUAUGAGGAAUGAACUAAGGUGCUUCUUCUACUGUCUUCUCAACAUACUGCUGAUUCUUCUAUGGACACAGAUUGAGCUGCAGCGUCCAGUGCAGAUAGAAUAAAGUGAAGAGAGGAAGAUGCCAGCCCCACCUCCCCCACCACCCCCUGGGCCUCCCCCUCCUCCCACCUUUGCUGUUGCCAACACAGAGAAGCCAAAUCUAAGCCGUACAGAGCAGCACGGAAGGAGCGCUCUGUUGAGUGACAUUUCGAAAGGCACCAGAUUAAAGAAAGCUGUUACAAAUGACCGCAGUGGACCCGUAUUGGACAAACCCAAAGGAGGAGGAGGAGGAGGAGGAGGCGGGGGAGGAGGAGGAGGAGGCGGCGGGGGAGGAGGAGGUGGAGGUGGAGGGGGUUUUGGUGGCGGGGCUACUGCUGGUUUAGGAGGCCUGUUUGCAGGAGGGAUGCCUAAACUGAGGUCUGCAGCAAACAGAGACAGCAAUGACUCAGGACCCAGCCGAGGACCUGUGCUCCCCCCAGGAGGCCGCUCUUGUGGCCCCAGCCCCUUCGGUGGCAGUGGUGGCUCCACUGGCUCACCUAAAUUCCCGGGAGCCUCUGGUGGUUUCCGUAGCAACGUUCCUGAUCUUCCCAAGGGCCGCCCAAAUUUCUCAUCCAGACAAGACACUUCAGGAGGCCCCCCUCCUCCCGUACCCAACACACCUCGACCAUCCCAGACCUUCCAGUCUCGCGGAGGCCCAUCUCCGCCAUCACUCCCUGGAGGACCCAGACCCAGCCUGGCCUCUGGGCCUCCGGCUCCCAGUGUUCAACCAGGGAGACACGGACCUCUCCCUCCCCCACCAGGAGGCUCCUCAGCUGGGCCAAGACCGGGCCUCUCCAUACCCCCUCCUCCGCCCCCAAACAGCAGCCGACCACCCUUGCCGCCAGCUCCUGGAGGGAGACCCCCACUUCCAGACGAGCGACCCCCGCCACCACCAGCUCCUAUGGGAGGUCAUCGGCCAUCUAUGCCCCGCGACAUGCCCCCUCCUCCCCCCUCUGUCAACUCCAAACCCCCUUCCUCUAUCUCUUCCUCCUCAUCCCCUCGUUCCUCACCUGGUGGGGGCGUGCCUCCUCUCCCACCGGGACGACCGGGCCCUCCCCCUCUCCCACCCACCCCAGCUGGAGGGGAUGACCACAGCACCCCUCGUCUACCCCAAAGGAAUAGCUCACUCAACAGCCACGGUCCAGCUCCACCACAUGGCCGGGCAGGACCUCUCCCUCCCCCACCAAACGAGAGACCGCCAUCUCUUGGAAGGAACCAAUCCUCACCACGCACAGGGCCUCUUCCUCCCCCUCCUCCCUCAAGUCGUAGUGUGGGUGGGGGCAGUGUGAGGUCAUCGCCAGCUCCUUCCCCUAUUGGUCGGCCAGGCCCAGAUCCACCUCGUGGUGGACCUGGCGGAAGGCCUCCCCUCCCUCCGGACAGGCCAGGGACAGGAGGAGCCCCUCCUCCUCCACCACCCAUGGGUAACGGCUUCCAAAACUCUCACCAAAACCAGAUACAGGAUGAGUGGGAGUGUCGGUUCACCUUCCAUCCAGUCUCAGACCUUCCUCCACCUGAGCCCUACGUGCCCUUCCAGAAGACCUACCCCAGCAAGAUUGCUAAGACUGACGGCAGAGGUUCUGGUAAAAAGGAGAGAGGAGCUCCUCCACUUCCUCCGAUACCCAGGUGAAGAAGAGGCGGCAGCCCUCACGACACCUGGAACUACCCUCUCUGUUUCCUUCCUUGUCUCUCUACCCCUGUUGCGCUCAUUGUGCUUUGAACCGCGGCAUUUGGUUUGUUUUAUGGACUGCAACGUGUAAAGCGGACCUGAAGUACGGUUGACCAAGUAAAAGGACAGACUCAAAAUAUGGAGUUUACAUCACGUCUCUCUGUAGCAGCUGAAUGGCGAUAGUCAGAGACCAAAGCCUGUUUCUACUCCGGUACACUGUGUUCAGAUAAAAAAGAAAAAUAGACUUGUACCUCCUUAGGUACGAGAGAAAAAAAAAAGUGUUUUUUCACGUUUACAACCACGCUGUGUGUGGAAGAUGCGGUUUCGGUGGGCUUUGUUGAUCUGGUUGCUGUGAAUCAUGAAUUACUGAUGAACAGUGGUAUUUUAAUGAACCUUGAUCAGCAUUGACUUUGGUCUAUUAACUAACUAUUUCAUCAUUUGCUCACAGUCGGUUGAUAGAUUCCAUACAUUGCUUGCUAGAUAUUAUAUUUCAUCAUCCAGCUACACUUUUAGAAAAGAAUACAAAUGUUCUCUUGAAAAAUAAAAGUAGAAUGUGACAGGUAGCACAUGUGACUUUCCCACGCUGUUGACACAGCCCAGACAGCAUUUGGUAAAGCUAAAUCACCAUCUUAUGGCAAUAUUAUUGUCAACAUUGGAUUCCCAGGGUUAUGCAGCAACAGUGCAGGGCUUAUAAUGCAACCAGUUGCCUUCCUCAAGUGUGUUAAUAAGCUGUCUCUCUCUGUUUUGUUUUUGUACCAGUGUUCCCCUUGUGCCUUUUUCUAUUCAGGAUUGUACUUUAAGGCUGCUUAAAAAAGAGUUAAGGGAAUUAGCCUAUUGUGCCUUAAAUUAUGUAUGUGUGUUUCUUCAGCUGGGUUGGAUGACCUCUGCCCGACGUAAAUGUAAAAACAGAGGCAGUAUAGCAGCUCGAUUGCCACGUCAUCUAGAAUAUUUAGCAUAGCAAAGUGGCUCAAUUACAGUAUCAAUGCAUAGACAAACAUGGAACCAAGCUAAAAAUGGCCACAACCUCCUGCCAUCGCUGCAUAAAAGAUCAGGGGAAACGCGGGUGUUUAAUUCGCCAAAGCCACAUGUGCCUCCACGGUAUGUUCAUUUACAUCUAUGUGUUUCUGUUGGAACCACUGAAUGGUACUUUUCCUUUGAUUGUUUCAUGUGAUGUGAGCAUGCAUUGAUGUUUAUGAUUUUGAUGUUUUAAAGGAUAUUGUAUGGGUUCAUUGCAGCAUUGGUUUACAAUUGAACUGAUUAUAAUUUUUGCUGUUUUGUUAAAAGCUGCCUUGACUUAUUAUGGAGGAUCUGAGUAUGUACCUGUAUGAUUUAAUCAAGUGGUAUUGAAGGACUGUAUUAUUUUAAGUUAUGUUUCAGAACUGUGCAGUAUUAUGUUUUGGCAUCACCCAGCACUGCUUUGAAUGGUCUUUUGUAUACGUGAUGUAUUAUUAUCAUGUGUUGGUCAAAGGAACAUUUUUCUCUAAGACAAUCAUACAGAAGCAAAUCUAUUUACAUCAAUAAAUAAAAUGCUUAAUGUUCUCUACCUGGGGUGAAAUUUGCUUUUAUUGGAGUAUACGUUGUAAGUAAGUGGAUAUUCCUACACAAAGGACGAUCAUUUGAUUGCAAGCAAGCGCAGUGAGUUGCAGUGACAGCAUCCAGAUGAGGUGACUGGUUUUGUAUUUUCAGAUAAGCAAUAUGCAUCAUUUACAUGUUUUU